GUGGGUGAUGAAGCACAGGCACAGGCACAUCACUCCCUAGCUGCAAACUGCGCGUGCCGGCGAUGGCGCCAUUCCGGCGAGCCCCCUUGGAACCCUAGCCCUAGCUAGCGUUGCCUCCCUCCCUUCCUCCGUGCCUCACCAUGACCCAUGUCGACCUUCCCUCCUCCACCCCCCGCUAGGAACCCCCUCGCCAGGGUGCGCCUCGACGACUUGUCGCCGUUCGACGGCGCCUCCACCCCAGCCUACGCGAGCGCCGUCGACGCCAUCGCCGAAUCCCUCACGCGCCAUAGCGCCGCCGCCGUCGAGCUCCCUGCAGCUGAUGCCGCUAUCGUCCGCUGCGGCCUCGAGUCCGCGCGCGCCUUCUUCCGCGCCAGCCCUGGUCUCUAUGUCUACCGCGCCGGGAGUUUGCAAUGCGCUUGCAUUAACCCACUCCACAAUAGGGCUCUGGAUGAUGGAGAGCUGUCACCUGCUUGCAUGGUUGAUGCUUUCAGAUGUUUGGGUAACGCAGCCCGUGCUGCUCUCUGUGCAAUAGCACGGAAUCUUCGCUUACGUUCAGAUGCUUUCAGCCAUUUGCUCGAUGACAAUCCAUUGCCUCUUAAUGAGGUUUCAGCCUCAGAAUUGCUGGUUUCAUUUUCACAUAGACACCUCCAAAGUGGUCAAUCUCCUAUACUGAGCCACAGGUCAUCAAUGGCUGAAGUUGAUAGGGGUUUUGUUACACUGGUUGCCUCCGACCAUCCAGGAAUUGAGGUGCCAAGCUGCUCAUCCUGUUACUCUUUUGCUUAUUUCGAAUGGCACAAAAAAGCAAUUUUUGCCCCUCAGGUUUGCAAUCCAAAUGGUCAUUGGUACCUAGCAGAUGGGGCCUCAGGCCCUAAUGACCUAUUGCUUUUGACUGGAAGAGCCUUGAGUCAUGUUACUGCUGGUCUGCGGCUAAAUUCUCAGUACAGGACCACUAAUAAUGGAAACAGGGCAUCACUCAUAUUUAGGCUAAUGCCUCGUGCCAAUGCUAUGUUGGAUUGCUCUCCAAUUUCAGCUGCUGGGCAUUGCAUACCACAGAUGUACCGGUCCGUAUCUGCAAGCCAAUUUAUGGAUGAUUUGCAGGCUGAAGAGCAUAAUGUUUCCCUUCACUUGGAAGCACCUUCUGAAUCACAGGGAAACUUUGUUAAUGAACCAUCUCUCAGAAGUGUACUCUCAGACCCUUUGUCUGGGGCUUUUCUUGAAGAUGCUAUGGUUCUCUCGUGUGGGCACUCUUUUGGUGGCCUCAUGCUGAAGAAAGUUCUUGAAAUGGCAAGGUGCAGUAUUUGCUAUGGAGAAGUUGAUGCAGCCUCCCUAUUUCCUAACCUUGCUCUAAGAGCCGUAGCUACAGUGGUGAAGAUGGAAGACGAUAGGAGGCUGUUUCAUAAUGCCGCCCUUCGAAAGCGCAGGAAAGAAGUGACUGAGAAUAUGGACGCACAAAGGCGAAAUGGAAGCAGCAAGGAGAAUAGUGAGGUGGGAUUAGAUGCUGAAAGCUCCAGAGCAUCGAAGGGGGUGCAGUACCCAUUUGUCGUGGGGGAGAGAGUCCUGAUCAUGGGAAACAAAAGGACGCCUGAUAAAUUUGUUGGGAAGGAGGCAGUGAUCACAUCACAGUGCUUGAAUGGCUGUCGCAGGAGCUAAGGUAUGCAGGUACCUAGUGAAGGCAGUUGAUAGUGGAGAAAGCAUACGGCUGCAGUACAGGUCGCUGAAGAAAGCGGGGGUGCAGCAGAUGCAAGCACAAGCGCAGCCAGAGAUGAGAUCGCAGCAGGUCCUGACAUUCCUGCAGAAGAAACAAUGA